UUAGAAGACGUUUUUCUUCGCAACGACGAACAAGUACCCCAAAUUCAGCUAGCUAACUUUACGCUAAGGUUCGCGAACUAGUUGACUGGUACCUGACAUGGGAAUUUGAUUUACCUUGAAGCCCAUACGUGAAUGCGGACGAUGGUUUUCUGCUAGGUCUGGCUGAACUGAAACGGUGGAUUUUCCCCAAACGAGAGCAUUGAUUAAGCAAGGCAAAGUGUUGUUUUAACGUCAAUAUGGGGAACGUGUGGAGUUAUUUUUUCCGAAAGACGUCUACAAGAGUGACGUCAUCGAUGACCAUUGCUGCAGACGGCACCACUGAGAUAUCUGUCAGUGCUAGUGGGCGGGCAAAAGACGCUAAAAUGACUGUCAAAACCACAGAACCAAAUAGCACAACUAAUACCACAGAAAUCAACGCGAACGGAUGCACCGGACACAUAUCCAUGUCGGUGACUGUACAGAAAGAAGCAGACGAGAUAAAGAAUUCAGCGAUCGUUUCAGGAUCCAUGGAAUCGGGAAGAAUCAGGGCGACCACAUUUAAUGGUAAAGAAACUGUGCGUAUGAAGGCGAAAGGAGAAAAUCUGUCUCCAAGUGGAAUGUUCAAGUCUGCGUCAGAACUAUCAGUAUCGAGGUCCAAGAAGGGCCAAGGAGAAUCGAAAUGUUCUUCGAUGGUUUCUGGCUCUGUGGAUCGGUUGGAGUCAUCCGUGUAUACGGAAAGAGACGAUGAUAGCCGAGUCUUCGCGAAAUCUGCGACGGAAAAAAUGCGGCCAUCACGGUUUGGGUCCAUGCCAUCAGUGAAAGUUUCACACGAAGAAGGGGCAUCAAGGGAAGACACACUCUCGGUUAACAGCGACGGUGGAACCGGCAAAGGCAAUACCCAGAUGAUCAUUAAAACUAAAGAUGGGAAGGAAAUGACAGCACAUACCAAAAUGGGUUGAUGAAGGACAGAAAUGUUAAUUUUGUUGCAGUUACAGCGGCUAUUUUGUUAUUAUCAUGUGGCCUUGUGAUAGUUAUUAAACGUACAGUUUUACAGGGAUAGUAACUUCUGCUAAUUUUGAAAACCAUACAAAGAUACGGGAAUUAAAGUUAAAAGUUUG